AUGAAGUUUGUAUUUGUGCUAUCGCUGAUGCUGUGUUACAGUUCAGCUCAGAGUGCUGAUUCAAGUGAGUAUAUUGUAUAGUCCAACCUAUGUUAGUGACUACCUUUCGUAAGCGACCACCUGAGCCAAACACCAAAACUUUCCCAGUGAAAGCCCUACAGUUGGAAACUCUUGUAAACGACCACCUCCUGUAAGCGACUACGACCACUAUUUAGGUCUGACGGUUUAAUGAUUUCCAUUGGUUUUAACCUCUUGUAAACGACCACUUCAUUGUCCUUCAAGCAUUGUCUGAUCUCUAUUUUGGCAGUGUGUUCUAUGUUAGUAGGAAUAUACGGAGAACUUUAGCAAAACAUGGAACUACACACUUGCAAUAACUUUUCUUCCAUGAAAAAAGUUGUUUUCGGACAUCUUAACCUUAAGCGGCAUUUUUUGUGCUCUCUUAUGGGGGUUCGCAUGUAUUUUUAUCGCGCAGAAUAUCAUGACUACGCCCCUACUUUUCUCCUGUCCGUCCACCCAAUCAGCCGACAUGGAGAAAGCAGAAUGCAGUGUUUAACUAUCAAACAUCCGGCAACUUUUCUUGUUUAAGUUGUUUUUUGGCAAUUUUCGUGAUCCACCUAUCGUGUUCAAAAACUCAAUCACCCUAGGCCAGAUUUGAUUUCAGGUAAUACCCUGUAAGUUGAGUAUGACAUUGCAUUUUUAAACCAGUGGGAAAAAAGUGGCUUUUAGGAAAUUCGUUUUAAUUGGUUUAUUAUGUCAUCUAAAACUUUUGACAAAGGAAAAACCCUAGAAAAAAGAACAUUGAGGGCGACACCUCAAAGUUCUCUAUUGAUUAAGAGAACACAAGUUGAUGUGUAAAAUUGCAAUCUGAUUUUAUAGGAUGUGGUUCUGUGGUAAACAACGCCUUGACAAGUCCUAGAUUUCCAAGAAAAUACCCAAAUAACAUGCACUGUGUGUACAACGUUUCCAUUCCAUCAGGAAAGGCACUGAAGAUCAGUUUUUCAACUUUUAUCCUGGAAACAGAAACUCGUUGUGGGUAAGUAAUGUUUUAACAACAGAGAGAUUUAGAGUCACGUUAACUGUAAACGGCAAACGUGAGAUUCAAGUUGAGAAUAUCUCAAAUAAAAAAUAGCAGGUAAAAACAGCUCAAAGCAAUUCUUAUGGAUAAAACUGGCGUGAGCCAAUUUAUUUAACUUUUUUUAGAAGUAAUGAACAGUAAACGUCAAGAAAAGGGAAAACUUGGUCACGUGGUACAGAUUCACUUUUGCCAUUUAAAGUUAACGUGACAGAUGACAAACAAUUGAAAACCACUCAACUGACUCAGCUUUGGUUAGAGUAGACUAGGAACUUAACUUCAAGUGAUACUUAUUACUCCAAAACGUAACAUUUUUGCUGGUAAAAACAUACCCACAAAUUCCGAAGUUCCGCUUGUACGCUGCAAGUUUGCGGAUCUGUGAUAUUAGGCCUAGAAAUAAGGCAAAAUCAGGCUUCUAA